AUGGAUGUAUUCCAGCUAGAGGAGAUUCAAAUUCCUGGUUCCUUGAAGGGAAUGACUUCACAAAGAGGAAGCAAAUGUCAGCUCAGAGAUUGUAAUCCGAGGGUUACACAGCUGCGCUAUCUUCGAGAGUGCGCCGCCACCGGACAGGCCACAUUUUCCACGGCAAUCACCGGACCCUGGUCAUCUUCAACUAGGCGCAGCGAGGCUGUGCCGCCCCUCACAAUGCAUCAAUGUCACAUUAAUCAUUUGAUUAGGUAUAGCUCCAUGCUCUGCAGACGUGGUGUGCCCAACACCUUCCUCUGGUCACUGCUCUUGCCAGACCAAGGCCAAUGA